GUCUCGAAGUCUCAACGAAUCAAACGAGGCAAAGAAAAAAAAAAUUCUGACAACAUCGAGAGGUCGCCACUCUCCUCACUCCAACCCCGCCCAAGACACCAACUUUCCCUCCUUGUUCUCUCCGACAGCCUCCACAGCCCAAUACCCAUCAGCCGAGUUUCAGUCUUCUCAUCGGAGGAUGUCUAUGGAUUGAAACGAUGCUUGUUUCCGGGCGAAAAUGACCCGGACCCCCUUUUUCAGGGCCCGGCUCCCCGAUCCAGACGAAGACUCCAGGGCUGCGGUGACCACCAGCUCCGGUGCCGGCGGCGGCUGGGGGACAGCCAUGAGAGUCAUAGUCCCCUUGCAGGGCGUGGUCCAGGGCAGGGGCGGCCUCGUCCUGGGCUCCCUCAUUCCCUGCGCGCUCUGCUACUUCCUCCAGCUGUACCUGAAGCGGCAUCGCUCCGGGCCGGCCCGCACGCCUCCUCCCUCACCGUCUUCCUCGGCGGAUCAUCUCUCGGAGGUCACCGGCGCGGUGCUGCAGCGGUCGUCCUCCCGGGCCCACCUUUCGCCGCGCGGCUCCGGCGGGCCGGCCCACGUGUCCAGCCGAGCGGCUUUGAUUCUUAGGGGCGGGGACUCGCCUUACUUCGUCGGGCUGAAGCGAGUCGAGGAGGAUCCGUACGAUGCAGUGGCCAAUCCCAAUGGGAUUAUUCAGCUCGGAUUGGCUGAAAACAAGUUGUGCUUGGAUUUGGUUUGUGAAUGGUUGGUGGCAAAUGGGAACAAGGCAAUGCUUGGAGAUGAGGCGAGUAUUAGUCGGAUUGCAACAUACAAGCCUCUCGAUGGAUUGAUGGAGUUGAAGAUGGCUGUGACAGAUUUCAUGUCCCAAGCAACUGAACGAUCAGUUUCCUUCGAUCCCUCACAAAUAGUACUAACAACCGGUUCGACCGCUGCAAUCGAAACACUCAGCUUCUGCAUAGCUGAUGGAGGAAACGCAUUCCUCGUCCCUACACCUUAUUAUCCCGGCUUUGACCGAGACAUUAAGUGGCAAAGUGGAGUUGAGAUCAUACCUGUCCCUUGUCGGAGCAGCGAUAACUUUGCCUUAAGUAUAAAUGCUCUUGAUCGGGCAUUUUAUCAGGCAAAAAAGCGUGGAGUAAAAGUCCGUGGGAUCAUCAUCUCAAACCCAUCAAAUCCUGUUGGGACUGUGCUCAGUCGGGAAACACUCUACAGCCUCAUCGACUUUGUCACUGAGAAGAACAUUCACUUAAUAUGCAAUGAGAUCUUUGCAGGAUCCACUCAAGGGGCCGAGGAGUUCGUGAGUGUGGCAGAGAUUGUUGAUUCUGAGGACUGCGAUCGGACCAGAGUUCAUAUAGUAUAUGGCUUGUCAAAAGAUCUCUGCCUAACUGGCUUUAAUGUUGGAGUUAUUUACUCUUUAAAUGAAAACGUUGUUGCUGCGGCUAAAAAGCUUUCGAGGUUCUCUUCAGUCUCGACUCCAACCCAGCGACUGCUGAUCUCGAUGCUGUCAGAUGCAAGGUUCACUCAAAACUUCAUCCGAGUGAAUCGAGAGAGACUUCGGAAAAUGUACGUGGAAUUCCUUGCAGGUUUAAAGAAAUUGGGUAUUGAAUGUACAAAAGGUAACGGAGGCUUUUCCUGCUGGGCUGAUAUGAGUGGGUUGAUCCGAUCAUACAACGAGAAGGGGGAGAUUGAACUUUGGGACAAGUUACUGAACAUGGGUAAGAUCAAUGUAACUCCAGGGUCUUCUUGUCAAUGUAUAGAGCCUGGAUGGUUCCGAUUUUGUUUUGCCACAUUGUCCGAGAAUGAUGUUCCCGUGGUCAUGGAAAGGAUUAGAAAUGUUUCUGAAACAUGUAAAUCCCGCAGUUAAAACAUUGUUUAUUGAUUUUAGUACAAUUCUAUAUAGGAUGUAGUUUGCCCGUGGAUUCUUUCCUGAA